AAAAGACUUUGUCUGCGAAACUCAUGUAUUUGUCAAGAGUUUGAUAUUAUCUGAGAUGAAAAUAGCACCAAAAUUGUUGAGUGUUUUUAACAGUGGACUUAUCAGCGAGUAUAUCGAUUUCCGAUACCUCAAUACCAGUGAUGACCACAACCCCAAAACAGUGGCACUGUUAGCCCAAAAAUUGGCUAAAUUUCAUUCACUGAAUAUUCCGAUACCUAAAGACAGUACUAAAGAAGCCGUAGAUUUUGAUAAAUGGUUUCCCGAAACAUACAGACAAUCAUUACUGGAGGGAAAGGUUCGACAAGAGAUUGUCACCAAGAAUUUGACCACAUUUUUGACACUCAAUCUGUUGGAUGAGAUGCCAUGGAUUGGGGAACGGGUGCUGAGAGUGAAGAGUCCGGUAGUCUUUUCGCACAAUGACUUCAAC